UGGCAGAAAAAGGGUUUUCAGUUUUUCUCCAUAGCCAAACCUACUUUUACUCUACCCCCGAUUCAUCCGCCAUUUUCGUCCAUUACCAAAAUAUUUGAAGCAAUAAAAGCAAAGAUGUUUGAACUAAGGUUGGUGCAAGGAAGCUUGUUGAAGAAAUUGAUAGAUGCCAUUAAAGACCUUGUUAAUGACGCCAAUUUCGACUGUUCUUCCUCCGGAUUCUCUCUUCAAGCAAUGGAUUCAAGCCAUGUUGCUCUCGUUUCGCUACUUCUUCGCUCUGAGGGAUUUGAGCAUUUUCGUUGCGAUCGUACUUUUUCCAUGGGUAUGAGCAUUGCUAAUUUGGCUAAAUUGCUGAAAUGUGCUUCCAAUGAUGAUAUUAUCACUAUCAAGGCUGAUGAUGGCACUGAUUCCGUAACGUUCAUGUUCGAAAGCCCCAAUCAAGACAAAAUAUCUGAUAUCGAGAUGAAACUGAUGGACAUCGAUAGUGAUCACCUUGGGAUCCCAGAUGCUGAAUAUGAUGCAAUCGUUCGAAUGCCAGGAUUGGAGUUCGCGAAUAUAUGUUCAAGUCUUUCCUCAAUUGGUGAUACUGUUACUAUCUCCGUGUCAAAACAAGGUGUGACUUUCUCUGCCAAAGGUGACAUUGGAUCAGGAAACAUUACUUGUAAACAAACUUCAUCAGAGAAGCCAGAGGAGUCCACCAUUAUUGAGAUGAAGGAGCCAAUUAUGCUGACCUUUGCCCUAAAGUAUAUGACUACCUUCACCAAAGCAACUUCUCUGUCUUCCCAAGUGACCAUCAGCUUAUCAUCUGAUAUGCCUGUUGUAGUGGAAUAUAAGAUUGCUGAAAUAGGGUAUAUAAGGUACUACUUGGCUCCCAAGAUUGAAGAAGAGGAGUAUGAGACAAACCCUCAGCCUGAAAGCAGGCCUACAACACAUGUGCCUGCAGAAAACCAUGCAAACAACGAGCCGGCAACAAAGGAACAAACUGAGGAGCAAACCCAGCCUCAAGAAGCUGUGCCUCUGCUGGCUAUAGCGGGUACAAAGCAAGAAAAUGGAGCUAACGAUGAAGACGAAGAUGAAGUUGCUGGGGAAUCCCAGGUUAAGAUGGAAACCGAAGGAGCAGAUGUGAAGCCUAAAGUGGAAGAAAACCCUGUAAAGGCUAAACUGCUGGAUCAUAUGGACCAUGACUUGAAGAUGGAAACAGGUUCUGAAGUAGAGACAAAGCCAACAGCAGAUACUACACAACCAAAAGCUGAAGUUGAAGUUAUGGAACUUGAGUAGUCUCUUUUAGCUUAAAUUGUCCAAUAUUAUCAAUUUCAGGUAUCAUGAAGCAUGUUUAUAGUGGUUUUAGAUUAGAGUUGGACUGCACUGUUGGCCUUGUUGGGUAGAUUUCAGGAUCAUUUUGGCAUUUUGAUUAUUCUUGAUCCUGAAAUCGUUUUGUUGUAUAUCGGGAAAUUGGGCAAUUUGAAUUAGGGGUUUUCUUCCAUAAA